AUGCCGAGAACUCGGAGUGUGUUUAAAUGUCCUGUUUUGGGUGUUAUUUGUGAGUUAAAAUACAAUGUUCUACCUACUUACGACGAUGUUAUCAAGUUAUAUGAAUGGACAAGACAUCAACGAAAAUUGAGGUUAGAAACUGCCAAAGAGCCAGUUUUUGCGGAAAUAGCAGAUAUAGUGACAUCCACGAUUGAAAAUAUAUGGCAAACUGCAUCUAUUCCUACAGUAACACGAACAAGAAUCAUACAAAUGUUGAAAGCCUAUCAUUUAAAAUACAAAAAUCUACUUAAAUCUGUGCAAAGGGUAUCUGAAGAUAAAUUAGAGAGAUUUCGGCAUAGUGGUAGGUUACUUUUUGAUAUUUCGGCAUGCAAAUGCAAAGAAUUUAUUAAGUGCACCUGCCCAAAGGAUAAAAAGGUUCCUAAACAAGAACAAGCCUUCCUAAUUGAUCAAAGAACCUGUCGACAUAUGAUAAUCGGUGGAAUCGAUCCAAUCAUCACUAAGAAGUUGCAAAGCACUUUAAAACGGAAACAUGAACGAGAGAACCGCCAAAAUGUAUCUUCGAAUACGAGUACAUCAUCGUUGGCUGUUUUAAAUGUUAGUACUUCUUCGGAAACGUCAUCAAUGUCAGAUAGAAGCGAAUUCGAAGAAGUUACUCAAAAGAAAAGGAAAAAAUCCUCACGCAUCGAUUUUCCGACGCUCUCGAAGACAUGUGACAGGUACGGAGUGUCAGAUAGGGCUGCAGCCGCGAUUGCAUCAUCUGUCUUGUUCGACAUUGAUUCUGAUAUUGGCGUCAUUGACAGGCAUAAAUUACGUAGACAGAGAACCAAAACAAGAAAUAAGUUAUUGAAUGAGGUGAAAAUUUCGGAACUUAAUGCUUUAUACUUUGACGGGAGGAAAGACAAAACGUUAAAGAUCGUUAAAAAGAAUGGCAAAUGCUACAGGACUUUGACUGUCGAGGAACAUAUCUCACUAAUUCAAGAGCCUGGAUCAAUUUAUCUUGGAUACGUGGUGCCUAAUGUUGGGACAGCAAAAGGAAUAGAAAUCUCCAUAGCAGAGUUUCUAACACGUGAACAAAUACUUCUUCAUGAACUUAUUGCAAUCGGUUGCGAUGGCACAAAUGUUAAUACUGGAAAGAAUGGAGGUAUAAUAAGACUGUUCGAGAGAAAACUACAAAAACCACUCCAGUGGAUAGUGUGUUUGCUGCACAUGAAUGAACUGCCUUUGAGACACUUGUUUCUUCAUCUUGAUGGGUGUACUUCGGGACCUAAGUCUUUCUCUGGACCUUUAGGAAAAGCACUAGAGACCUGUGAACAACUACCUAUUAGAAAAUUUCAACCUAUUGAAGGAGAAAUGCUUCCAGAAAUGGCCAAAGAUUUGAGUACAGAUCAACAGUACUUACAUAAUAUUGUCACAGCGGUUCUUACAGACUACGAGUAUAUCCUCUUCGCUCCCUUAGUCCAGCCCACUGGACAUAUUCUAAAGUAUUUUAGCACAACAUCAACGCAAUAUUUUACCCUGUCCGACCCGAAGUCCUCCGCGCUGGACAUAGUUUUAUGCAUAGUAUCUCACUUACAGGAUGAUCGUGAGUUUUGGACUCCAUUAGAUUAUUUCUCACACUACUUUUCUGACGAGUUUUGGGAAAAUUUAUCUAAGCAAAGCAAUAUCAAAGCGAUGCAGGCUAAUGAAAAAAAGUUAUUGAAUUCUACAGAGGAAGAAUAUCGUAAACUGGCGGGAAUUCAUAUUCUCAUGGGUAUAUUUGGACUGCCAAGACUAAGGCUGGAUUUCAUAAAAGGAAUCGAAAUCCCCAUAAUAACCCAACUACCUAGAGAUUGA